AUGAACGUCGAUGAUUUGUACAUUGUGCUUCAUCAUCACUGGACGAAGGAUACUACUCCUUAUCCAGAUGGUCGGCAAAUUAUCCAGCUCGCAUUCCUACUGCUUACUUCGGCCUAUACUGCAAGCCGGCCGGGAGCAUUGGUCUAUAUUGAAAAGAACGAGCGGACCAACGUCCAACACUUUUUUGGAAAUGUUAAUGAUGUUGACGUUGGGGAAGAUGACGCAACGGAGGAAUGGGAUCUCGGAGACGAGGAUUUAAAAACCCUUUGCUACGGCCACAUAAGUUUGCUCCUUCUACCAAAUCCUGGUAGCAUCCGUGAUCAUCUUGUGAUGGAAGUUGAUCUUAGACACACCAAGGGCCAUAAUAGAAAGAAGAAAAGCAAAAUCUACUUGAUGUCUGAAGUGAAGCAACCUUUCUUCGACAUUGUCGCGCUUGUGGUCGCUAUGGCCUUCCUUGAUGAAGCAUUCGAGAGCAACAUCCGCUCAAUGGAGGACAUUUAUGCCUCUCGGGUAGAAUCGCCGCGCCAUUCCUUGCAUCUGAGGUUUGUGAAAGAAAAACACAAUGUGCCUAUCUGUCGUCAGCCAAUUUCGACCCAUUGUGGUAUCAGCACCCACGAGAUAAAACCUCUUAAAUACCACACGUAUCUAUAUUAUCUUGAGAGGUUGAGUCUCGCAGUGGGCAUGCCUCGUGCUAUGAAACCUUACGAUCUCCGGCGUGGCACCGGUGAGGCUGUUGAAAAAACUGCACCUCUUCCUUUACUCCAGCAGGUGAUGGGCCAUAUCUACGCUAGUACCUUUCAGGCAUAUAUGAACCAACGUGUCCAGUGCCAUGUUCAAGCUGCAUUCCUUGGAAUACCAUCGGAGGAUGCGUUAUUGAACAUUCUUAGCCACCAAAGCCGCUAUAUCGACCCUCGAGCUCCGUCUCAUUACGAAGAUUUACCGGCCACCACGCGAGAAUCACUAUCGACUCACCCCGAGAUAGUUAGCCUUCAGGAAAUGCGCGAUUCCCUUGCCAGAGAAGCCAAAGAGUUGUAUGGAUCGAUGAAGAACGCGGCUGGCACGAAAAUUGGAGAGCUCAAAGCCAAGACGGAAGCAGCAUUGCGAUGUGCCAAAGCGAGAUUGAAGAAGGAUACGUUUGACGGAGCGCGUGAUGAAUUCUUUGCCACAAUUGAUACACUUGAGAUCAACAGACAGCUCGAUCCGUCGCUAUUGGAUAUUGAAAAGCAGGCUUAUGAACCCGAGAAGAUUGUUCAUCGCUUGAACGAACGUCGCCAGGUAGCGGAACUGAUGCAAACCUCGAUGCAAAAUCUUUCGGGGGAAAGUGAUAUGGCAAAGCGAGUCACCAUGGUCAAUGCAUUGAUUGGGCUUGGCCGUGUUGUGAAAGUCCCAUCCGAAAGGAUCAACCCUGACAAAAAGACCAAGUGUGUCAUCAGCAUCGACCGAAUUUCGCCACCAAAAGAGCCACCUCAAGUGGAAACAGAGCCCUCUUCAUCGCCGGAACCUCGAGAUUGUCCCAUUUCGAUCACCAAUCGACAUUGCCUCUUCUGCGUUUUUGAACCGCAGUACCAGUGCUAUUUUGCCUCGCCCCGCAAGGCCCGAGAACAUUUUGAAAAACACCUUCGGAAAUACAAGCCAACUGAGCCCAUACCCUGUCCUGACGAAUAUUGCCAGCUUGUGUUGAGUGGACACAAAGCGCUCAAACGCCAUGCGGAAGAUGUUCACCAUGUUCGUUACUUUACAGAGGCCCAACGCAUUCAGGCGGGUUUCUAG